AUGGCCCAACAAAGAAAGAUCUCGGCCCAACUCAACGAAGGACACAAUAUCGUAUUAAUUUCGAAUCAUCAAAGUGAAGCUGAUCCAGCUGUUAUUUCACUGUUACUUGAAGCACAAUGUCAAUACAUAGGAGAGAACAUUAAAUGUGUGGCUGGUGAUCGAGUCAUCACUGAUCCUCUAUGUAAGCCGUUCAGUAUGGGAAGGAAUCUCAUAUGUGUUUACUCAAAAAAGCACAUGAACGAUGAUCCCGAGCUUGUUGAUAUGAAAAGAAAAGCAAACACCCGAAGCUUGAAGGAGAUGGCUACACUGCUUAGGUCUGGCUCCCAACUUAUAUGGAUUGCACCAAGUGGUGGAAGGGACCGCCCGGAUCCUUCUACAGGAGAAUGGUUUCCUGCUCCCUUUGAUUCUUCGUCGGUGGACAACAUGAGAAGACUUGUUCAACAUUCUGGUGCUCCUGGACACAUAUAUCCAAUGUCUUUGCUUUCCUAUGACAUCAUGCCUCCUCCACCCAAAGUUGAGAAAGAAAUUGGAGAGAAAAGAUUAGUUGGGUUUCACGGUACCGGACUAUCAGUAGCUCCUGAGAUCAGUUUCUCAGAUGUAACGGCAGACUGCAACAACCCAAACGAGGCAAAAGAAGCAUACAGCCAAGCUAUGUACAAGUCGGUCAAUGAACAAUUCAAGACUCUAAACUCUGCAAUCAAUCAAGGAAGAGGAAUGGAAGCAUCAAUUUCAACGGUGUCCUUGUCACAACCCUGGAAUUAA